GAGGCGCAAGGAGCGCACACGUCGCACUAUCAACUGGAUCCAUCUAAGAAAACAACUCCGGACAAGUCUUGUGCGAGAAACAAUAACGUGGAAGUAGAGGCGCACUGAAAGAGCGCAUCGGGCGGACGCAGCCAGCUGUCAUGGCCCGUGACAAAUCAGGCGGCGGACACUUCCACGAGUGGGUCCUCGCGGUUGUGCUUGAGUGGACGGGGAGCAGUGGGAGCUGCGAACGUCGCCCUGUAUUCUGCCGCCCUCGCUCCGUGUCGAGUUAAAACGGCUGGCAACACUACAAAAAAACAAAGGAAGGAAGGAUAGAAAAUAUGCUGCUACGACGCUUGGUCGGAACCUCCUGGCUAAAGCGGCACCAGACGGACCUUUACGCACGAUCAUCCAGCAGGACUGCAUGAAAGGAGACUGUGAGGAGGGAGAAAAGUUGGACACAGUCGCGGCUUGGGGGCAACCCGGAUAACGACUCGACAGAGGUCUCUGGUUCCAAAUGUCACCCUCCUUGGACUGUGCCCCACUCGGGGAACAGCAGCAGUGUGUGACGGACAGACGAAUGGAGCCUGCGGUGGCUCUCUGCCGCGUGGCUUCAAACGGGCCCUGGAUGAGCUCUGCAUGGCGCAACCAGUGAAGAGUCCUGCUAUGGUCUGACGUCUCAGCAUGGAUGGAGUCAGUCAUAGAACCGGCUGCCACUAAUGAGACCAUUGCUCUUCAGUCCAGGAUUAGCAUUUACAGGAUUACUCCCAUACUUUCCUGAUCAUUUCCCAGCAACCAACAUCAUUACCAGACUCUCCGUGGUGGACUUUUUUUUUACUUGAAUAUUUUUGGGAUUAAUACACUAUUUAUAUGUAGAUUGUUUGUUUCACUCCCUUUUUCUAGUUUGUUUCCCAAAUUCCUUUUUUAUUUUCAACUAUGGAGUUUCUGGCUGGACCCUGGAAUAAGGAUUGGACUUCAUUCUUACAAUUUUGGUUGACUGUAAUACUAAGCCUUCAAAUGCAAUUCAGCCCAGGUGCCUCUUGCCCAGAAGAGUGUCGUUGUGACAAAUCCUUUGUGUACUGCAACGAACGCAGCCUGACAUCUGUGCCACUGGGGAUGCAGGAGGGCUUCAAGGUCCUCUACCUGCAUAACAACCAGAUCAACAAUGCUGGCUUUCCUGUGGAACUCCACAAUCUGGCCUCUGUGGAGACUGUGUAUCUCUAUGGCAAUCAGCUCGAUGAGUUUCCCAUCAAUCUGCCCAAAAAUACCAGAGUACUGCAUCUACAGGAGAACAAUAUUCAAACAAUCUCCAGGGCAGCCCUAGCACAGUUGACUCGAUUGGAGGAGUUGCACCUUGAUGACAACUCCAUCUCCACUGUGGGGGUGGAAGAAGGGGCCUUUAGGGAGGCACUAAACCUCAAACUCCUCUUCCUCACCAAGAACCACUUAAGCAGUGUUCCCAUUGGCCUCCCAGAGGACUUGAAAGAGCUGCGAUUGGAUGAGAAUAGAAUCGCUGUCAUUGCAGAGGAGGCCUUCCAGAAUGUGACGCAUCUGCAGCGCCUCCUGCUGGACGGGAACCUGCUGACGGAUGAGGGCAUUGCGCCUGGGACAUUCCAGGAACUGGCCAGCCUCCGAGAACUGGCACUGGCCCGCAACUCGCUCACCUUCCCCCCUCCCCUUUUACCUAGCCAGUCCCUGGUCAAACUCAGCCUGCAGGAGAACCAGAUAGACCAGAUCCCAGUAGCAGCUUUUGCAAACUUAAAUAGACUGGAGAGGUUGGAUAUUUCCAGCAACCAACUUCAGACUCUCACGCAGGGUGUAUUUGACAGCCUGUCAAGCUUAAAGCAUCUCAUUGUGCGAAAUAACCCAUGGCGCUGUGACUGUUCAGUGAAAUGGGUGGUGGUGUGGCUCAAGUCAUUGCCUUCCUCCAUAAAUGCCAGAGGGUUCGUUUGUCAGAGUCCAGACAGGGUGCGUGGCAUGGCAAUCCGUGAGCUCACAUUAGAUAUUAUUGAAUGUCCAGUCGAUGGCGACCAACCACCGUGGCCAACCCUUGGCUCGACACCUCCUCCUCCGCCCACCACCACCCCUCUCACCACCGUGAUCUCCACUCUUGUAACCACAUCGAUUCCUGACUACUUUGACUCGCCUUCUCCACCCUUACCCCCAAUCUAUAACAAUCCUCCAGGGCCCCUGCCUCCUUAUGAGGACCCCCUUCAGAUUUCCUUCCAUGUGGUUAACUCUUCUAGUAUAGAGGUGAGCUGGGCUUCCUAUUUCACCGUCACAGCCUACAAGGUCACUUGGGUUAAACGGGGCCAAAGCCAAAUAAAUGAAGGGAUGCAGGAACGGACAGUGAGUGGGGGCCAACGGCAUAUCAUCCUCACCAACCUGGAACCCCGGUCUGUGUACCGGAUCUGUGUGCAUGUAUUGGACACUCAUAACUCCUAUAGGCCCGGAGAGGAUACAAUAUGCUCUGAGGCCAGGACCAAGUCAGCCUUGCCAACCAAGUCUCCUGGUUCAGGGCAAACUCCGAAAGAGAGCGUUAAUUCCACAUUGUUAAUGGCUGGCAUCAUAGGCGGAGCGGUCCUCAUCAUCUUAGUAACACUACUAAGCCUGUUUUGUUGGCACAUGCACAGGAAGAGCCGGUCAUCUUCGACCAAGUGGAAAUACAACCGAGGUCGCAGAAAAGACGACUACUGUGAGGCUGGAACCAAGAAGGAUAACUCCAUUCUUGAGAUGACUGAGACCAGUUUCCAGAUAGUGGCGCUGAACAACGAGCAGCUGCUCAAGGGAGAUUUCCGCAUUCAGCCUAUCUACACACCCAAUGGGGGGAUUGGCUUUAGAGACUGUCACCUCAGUAACAACAGCUUAGCCUACUGCAAGAGCAGCAACGUACCGAGUACAGAGUUUUGCCACACGUGAUGCUGUGGCAAAUAGUGCAGUGGCACACCCACAAACUCCAGAAACGCUUGACAAUACACACAAUACACACAUACAAUGUUUGUGUAGACAAUAACAGAAAAAUGUAAAAAAUUCUAGUGAAAUAUAACUACAAUAUAUAUAUAUAUAUAUAUAUAUAUAUAUAUAUAUACAUACACACACACACACACACACACACACACACACACACAUAUAUAUAUAUAUAUAUAUUUCCAAGUUCUGUCUAUGAAGUAAUUUAUACUGUGGAUAAUAAUGUGGGAUGCUCUAUCUUUUUUAUUCAUAGAAAAAGGAGAUCCAAGUGUUUCUUUUUUUAUAAAGAGCAGGGUUUUUGAUUUAAUGGUCAAUACUGUGCAUGAACACAGAUUUGUACAAUCACGGCACCCUGGGUGUAGCGUCUGGCAAAUGCUGUCAGCCUUGGAAAAUGUUGGGCACUUUGAGGGCUGGGAUCCUUUGCUAACCACAGAAGCAAAAAAAAAGAGAGAGAGAGAAAAAAAAAAGCCUUUUUGCGCUUUUGAGACACAAAACCCUCCCAAGUUCAUAAAAUGUCAUCGAUGCGGAAAUGGCACUGAAUAGCUCAUUGUGGAAAAGAGCACCACUGGUGGCAUGUUGUUAAUAAAACUAAAGUGCACUUUCCAAUUCAUGGAAACAAUAGUGGUACUUGCUUUAUGAGUUAUUGUGGAAGAGAAAUCCCCAAAUUGCCUUUAACUCUAAAAUCGUGUUUGCUCUGUUUGUUAGCCCAGCCAAUAUAAGCCUUGGUUAACAGACAGUUUUUGGAAAACUGAAUAGGAUUUGUCAUAUUCUGCACACUAUUAAUUGGAAGCGACUUGAUUAACAUGAACAUAAAAAGCAACAAAGAAUGUUUGUCCUCGAGUGCAGCGCACGAAUGUGAGGCCACAAGGGGGCAGUUUCUCUCAGCAUAGUGUAGAACAGGGGAGGGGGGGGGGGGGG